AUGCUGGCUCAAGUUCAACCUGAAGACAGAAAGUUUGCUGCCGGGUCAUGGUGGGUGCCAGGAGGUACAGGGGCAGUGGUUGUGUAGCUACACCUUGACAACUAAGUUCUGAUCACAGCUACAGCCAGUGGCUACUCGAUGAUAGGCUAGCACACCUGAGACUGCUACAGGUUACUUCAGGAGGACGGCCAUGGCUGUGGGUCUGGUGGUGGUGACAGUUGCGGUGGGCUUGGCGCUGCAUGUGACGUCAGUAGCACCAGAGAUUCUGUGGUCAGUGAAGGUGAGACAGGCAGCAGCUCACCACCUGCCUCAGCUUGACGAUUACAUCUCCGACGACGAGCUGCGAUGGACUACGUGGACGAGGUCCGUGAUCCACUGCGCAGAUUUGUGCGCACGUGACGUCACAUGCCUGGCCUUCACCGCUACAACUGUGACGUCACGGGGCGUGGAGUGUAGGGGUCACUGUGGGCUCGGGCCAGGGUCUACUCUCGGAAACCGAGCAAACACCAGGGCAUACAGUCUUCAGGUCUUGACGUGGCUAGACAAGACUUGCACCAAAGACUCGGACUGCACACACCCGAAGUCCGUCUGCUUCGCGGGUCAUUGUCUGUGCUCCCCAGGCUUCUUUUACUCGCACUCACGUGACGAGUGUCUGGCAGACUGCACGGAUGCUGACCUCAAGCCUCUGAUGGUCAGCUACCCAGGGUGGUAUAUCUUCCAACAUAACCUAAACAGCAGCGUGACGUCGUGGGCCGAGUGUGUCGAGUGGUGCAGCAUGGACCCCGCUUGCCGCACGUUUGAGUACAACUUCAGUUCCUCUACCUGCUUCCUGGCGCACGUCACCGCCCUGCAGGAGGCCUCGUACUGGAGGGCACAGGACAACGACGACAUCAACCACUACAUGAAGACCUGUGCCUAAACACGUGACCUCUACACACCUAGGCAUGUCACUGCAGAAAGAACUGCACCUACAUCUCUCAAAACACGUCACUACGUCAAGACCUGUACACAUCUAAGCAUGUCACUCCAUAAGGAACUGCCUUGAAGCACGUUACUCCACGAAAUCCUGUGACGAAGCACGUCACUUAACGAAAACUCGCAUUCAUACACUUGCUUAAGCACGUCACUCCUUGAAGCCCUGCCUUUGCACGUCACUCAAUGUACCCCAGCACCUGAGCAUCUUAACCUACUUAGCUUGUGAUGUACAGGAUGCAGCUAGCUACGUAACAUGUAUAGCUUGUGAUGUACAGGAUGCAGCUAGCUACGUAACAUGUAUAGCUUGUGAUGUACAGGAUGCAGCUAGCUACGUAACAUGUAUAGCUUGUGAUGUACAGGAUGCAGCUAGCUACGUAACAUGUAUAGCUUGUGAUGUACAGGAUGCAGCUAGCUACGUAACAUGUAUAGCUUGUGAUGUACAGGAUGCAGCUAGCUACGUAACAUGUAUAGCUUGUGAUGUACGGGGUGUACCUAGCUGAGUGAUUCACUAACGAGCACCCAGAGAAUGGGAGCCUGACCCUUGAGGUUUGAUAAGACAGCGAGGGGGAGGAGAGGGACACUGCCGUCACGUGAUUAUGAUGUCAAGGCCGUUAUUUACUGACAAGGGGAGAACCAAUGCCAAAGGAAAUUGUGAUCCAUCUGCGUUCUCGGAUGUUGCUGUGUGUUGAGAGAGCAGGAGGAAGCAACAGACACACGCAGCACAUGUACAACAUACACCACGGCAUGACCAACACAAACAUGGACGUUGUUAUGAGGCUAAAACUCUCUUGUCAGCGCUGGCUACACAAACUUGUUUAUUGUGCACAAACUUGUUUAUUGUGCACAAACGUGUUUAUUGUACACAAACUUGUUUAUUGUGCACAAACGUGUUUAUUGUACACAAACGUGUUUAUUGUGCACAAACGUGUUUAUUGUGCACAAACUUGUUUAUUGUGCUGCAAGAGGGACACUCCAGUGGCAGUCACCAUGACAACUGUCUAGUAAACAAUGAUUUAGUGUGA